AGUUGAAAUUUGUUGAUGGAUUCAGUUUACUUCCAGUUCAGACUAUAAGACGCGCUUCAAUUGUUAUCUCUUCGCCUAGUAUUAAAUAGUGUGAACAACGGGACUUCAUACUAGAACUCGCCAGAAAGAAAGUAUAGAUAAUAUGCAUCUACAGAACGAUGACCAUCGCUUCAUGAACAUCAUGAAGACGGAAAGAGACCUCCAAGGUGAAGGCGGCGGGGGUCAGAAUGUCUUCGGCAACCCCACUCUCAGCGUCUCCUCCACAAGCGUCGACAUCGACCGACAGGAGCAGUUCAAAGGCAGGGUUGUUUCAGUGGUGGAAGACAAGCAAUACCCAACGAGUAACUCACUGAAAUCGUGGGUUAUGAACAAAGCCCGCAAUGCCUGCACCAAGAAAAUGCUUCAUAGGAGAAUCCCAAUUCUGGGAUGGCUGCCCAAAUACGACUCUGAGAGUGCCAUCGGGGAUUUGGUGGCUGGGAUUACAGUGGGAUUAACUGUAAUCCCGCAAGCGUUGGCUUAUUCGAACAUUGCAGGGCUGCCAGCACACUAUGGGUUGUACUCCUCGUUUCUGGGAUGCUUCAUUUAUAUCUUUUUCGGGAGUUGCAAAGACGUCCCAAUGGGACCCACUGCCAUAGCGUCGCUUUUGACCUACCAGGCCGUCAAUGGACGAGGACCACAGCAUGCCAUCCUACUGUGUUUCUUAACAGGGAUUGUGCAAAUCUUGAUGGGAUUUUUUGGACUAGGAUUUUUGAUCGAUUUUGUCUCGGGGCCGGUCUCGUCAGGGUUUACUUCAGCCGUGGCUCUCAUCAUUGUAACCUCACAAAUCAAGGAUGUUCUCGGGAUUCAAGGCUCAGGGACGACUUUUGUGAGCACUUGGAAGAGCCUUUUGCAAGACAUCCACAACACUAAUCCCUGGGAUUCAGUGUUCGGGAUUUGUUGUAUUGCAGUCUUGUUAAUCAUGAGGGUCGUCACCAAUUUAAAAGUCGGGCCUUCAAACGGGGAAUUGACAAAAUUCCAGAAAAUCGUCAAUAAAACCAUUUGGCUUAUUGGGACUUCCCGGAAUGCAAUCCUGGUGAUUGUUUGUGGUUUCAUCGGUUAUUCCUUCUGUCUCAAUGGGGAACCCCCAUUCAAAGUCAUCGGACAUGUUCCCCAGGGAUUACCAACAGUCAAACCACCACCUUUCAGUACCAAUCAAAAUGGUACUAGUGAGAGUUUCUGGGAUAUGGUGUCUGAUCUCAGUUCGGGAAUCGUCGUCGUCCCAUUAAUUGGACUUCUGGAAGAUAUCUCAAUCUGCAAAGCUUUCGCCAAUGGCAAGGCCGUCGAUGCCACACAAGAACUCCUAGCAAUCGGGAUUUCCAAUGUUGCCAACUCGUUCGUCCAGGCUUUCCCCGGAUCGGGUUCUCUCUCCCGGAGCGCUGUCAACAAUUCCAGUGGCGUCCGGACCCCACUCGGGGGUCUCUAUACCGGAAUUCUGGUCAUCGCAGCUCUCUUAUUCUUUACACCUUAUUUCUACUACAUACCCAAAUCAUCGCUAGCUGCGAUUAUUAUCGCAGCUGUUAUUUUCAUGGUCGAGGUCAAAGUCGUUAAACCAAUGUGGAGAACCAAAAAAAGCGACCUAAUCCCAGGCUUGGGCACAUUCAUCGCUUGUCUAGUCCUGCCCCUGGAAUAUGGGAUUUUGAUCGGAAUUGGGAUUAAUCUCCUCUUCAUCUUGUACCAUGCAGCUAGACCGAAAAUCACCGUCGAAAAACUAACAAGCCAUGAAGGUGUGGAAUAUUUAAUGCUGACACCUGACCGAUGUCUCAUUUUCCCGUCAGUCGAUUACGUAAGAAAUUUGGUUACAAAACACUCAAUCAGACAGGGAAUUCCCGUCGUGAUCGAUUGUUCGCAUAUUUACGGAGCCGAUUACACUGCAGCUACCGUUAUCGAAGUCUUGACUCAAGAUUUCGCAGCCAGAGACCAACCGUUGCUCUUCUACAACCUCAAACCAAGUGUGAGUUCGGUGUUUGAGGGCCUUUCGCCGAAAGAAUUUGUCGUUUAUUACAAUCGGGAGGAUAUUGACGAGUUGUUGAGGAACAAGUCGUACAUCAAGAAGCAAAUUUUUAAUAUUUGAGAGUAUUUAGAGUGAAAGAAUCAGUAUUGUAGUCUUAGAGUUUUAGUUCUGUGAACUGUUUUAUUUAUUGUCCUUCGUGUAUAUAUAAGUGUACUAACGAUUUUAUAUCUGUGAUAAAUGAAGCAUUUUAUACUUA